GUUCACCAGUAUUAUAAUGUCAGAACGUUAACAAAUUUGAUGUAUCUUAACAACAUAAAAAUUUUUGUGUGUUUGCUUAACCUCUUUCGCCAAACCAUUGCUAGUCUCUGCUGAAUGAAUAUCAAAUACCAGUAUAGGGAUGUGUCUGUUAAAUUAUGGAAUCAAAAAUAGUGUCACUCAUUUUCAACUGCUAAUCGUGUUUGUCGUGUUUCUUUGCCUAGUGUUAAGAUGUGAAAAUAUUCCUGUCUACGAUGAGCCAAGAUUACCAGCGACUGUGAUACCCUUCCACUAUAACAUACAGCUAAUAACCCAUUUGGAAAAUUCGUCCCAAUUCCGCUACGAGGGAGUCGUUAACAUAUCCAUUCACAUCCAGAAAGAGACCAAGGAGCUAGUACUUCAUGCAGCCGGCUUUAAAAUGAAUACGAAGGACAUAACAUUAUGGUGCAAUGACCAGGCUCCACAGUUGGUAAAAGUCAGGUUCAACCGGCGCCGCAGCUAUAUGGUUCUCACCUUUGACAAGAACUUGAGUCUGAGCAGGUUCUAUACACUGAGGAUGUCGUUUCGACGCCCCAUGUCCGAUGACAGCCAGGCUGGUUAUUUUGUGCGCCACUAUUUGGACCGAGAAACAUCUCGUAAAAACUGGUACUCUCUGACUCAUUUCAAUCGAAAUUCCAUCCGCAAUACAAUGCCCAGUUUUGACGAGCCUUCCUUGAGGGCCACUUUUAAUGUGACUCAUGGUCAUCACAAACGCUACCAAAGUUUUAGCAACAUGAAAGUCCUGAAGGUCCUGCCCAACCACCAGUUGGUGGAUUAUGUUUGGUCCGUUCAUGAGACGUCCCCCCCAAUUCCCACAUACCUGCUUGCCUUCGCCCUGAACAACUUCACCUGCCACUUUAGCCAGUCGGCCAAUGCCAAGCCCAUUAGCUUUCGCACCUGCUCGCCGGCAGGACAGGUGCGCGAAACCACAUUUGCCGCGCAGGUAGCGCCGCAGCUGCUUACCCACUUUGAGGAGAUAUUGCAGGUCCAGCUUCCUCUAGAAAAGAUAGAUCAGCUGGUGGUGGACAACUACCCCACGGCUGCCCUGGAGAACCUUGGCUUGGUGGUUUACGGAAGCAAGCUGAUCCUGGAAAGCGAGCAGCCCGGCAGAUCGCUGACGCGGACACAAUUGCAAACCAUGGAACUGGUAGCCCACGAGAUGGCCCACAUGUGGUUCGGGAACCUACUGGGCCUCGAAUGGUGGACGGACCUCUGGCUGCUGGAGGGCCUAUCUGUUUUUCUCCAGUCGUUGGCUAUAGACGGGCUGCAGCCACGGAUGGGCCAGCGGAUGCUGGUCCGCAACCGGGAGUCGGCACUGAUGCACGAGACGCGGAUGGGGGGUCUCAAGCUGGUGCAGCGAACAAUGCCCAUCGCAUCGGACACGUUCAUGUUUAAGAAGGCCACUUCUCUUAUCGUCAUGCUGUGCUCCACUUUGGGCAACACCACUUUCUUCGAUGGCCUGCAGAGGCACCUGUGGCAGCACACCUACGAGAGCAGCACCCCCGACGACUUUUUACGGGCGAUGCAGCUGGCGAGCGAGAGGCAUGACUCGCUCCCAGAAGGCUACGAUGUAAAGACCAUAAUGAACAUAUGGACCAUGCAGAGCGGCUACCCGCUGGUGACGGUCAGCAGGAGCGAGGGUGGACUAGAUGUAGUCCAGAGUCACGCACUGAAUGAAAACAGUACGGAGCUUUGGUGGAUCCCACUCACAUUUACCAUCCAGGGCUCGGCCGACUUCCAGCACACUCUGCCGAAGGCCUGGCUCACUCCGGACCAGCCGCAAUUGCAUCUGAAUCUUUCGCUACCCCAGAACGACUGGGUGAUCUUCAACCUUCAGGCUCUCGGCUACUACAGAGUCCAGUACGAUGAGCUCAACCUGAAACUUUUAGCCAAAGCGCUCUUCAACAAUUUUCGUAACAUCCACGUCCUGAACAGGGCCCAGAUCGUAAGUGACAUCCUGUUCUUGAGGCGCCAAGGCCGUAUAAGCUGGAGCAACGCCUUCGAGGUUCUGAAGUACAUUCUUGACGAAGACGAGUAUGAGCCGCUGAUGGCCUUCGUUCUAGGGGUUACUCACGGCUUCUGGGGCUUAUCGCCGGACACUUCCAUUUCCAUUGCGAAAUGGCUGGGCAUUGCCGGAAAGUGGUACGCGGAGUUCAUCAGUUACACGUUCGACAAGUUCGUGAUGCAGGAGCAAAGUUUGAAUACCCUCGAUACGCCGCACUAGCUACCACCACGGAACGAAAGGGCCCAGUUGGGGAACCGCAGGAUAAUGGAGCUGAGCAGCCCCAGUGGCACUUCCUCCUGCGCGAACAAGCAAAAUGAAACCACCAUCAAUGAACCGCAAUUGUAUUUGUUUGCAAAUAACUGAGCGUUAUCUGAGACUAUUUAUCUUUAUCUACAGCAACAGCAAAAGCAACAGCCACGACGGCAGCUUCGCACAAUGCCAACGGACCCGGCCGUAGGAGGCAAUGGCUGGGAGUAGUAGUGGCCAACUGGGAUCCGGGGCGAUGGUAACUGGUAACUGCGGCUACACUUACAACCCGGCGAAUGCCAAGGCGCCAACUGAAAUAAUGACGGCAGGCGAAAUAACAAUAAAGGCUAAGACUCCGGCUGAGGGGGGAGCCAGAACCAAGUAAAGGACAAUAUCGAUGCUCUUUUUCCGAAUAAUGAAGAGCGGAAAAGACAAUGCCAGCCAGGACCCUAAUGCGGCCAUUCCAACGGCAAUGCAAUGAACUUCUUCGGUGCAAGUUCUUAAAGGACUUUAAGAUCGUCCAACGCGAAAAUGUAAAACAUUCACAAUCUCACAAAAUUCAGUCUAUAUUUGGUAUUGUAUGGAAAUAUCCGUGAACAUUGGUUAAAUAAUUGUUUCGCUUUGAUCGUAUACCCAAUUGCUAUAUCCAAAUGCAAUUGAAACCAAUUAAAUGCUAAUAAAAUAAAAUUUAGAUCGA